CGUGCUCCCUCGCCUGGUUGCCGAUUCAUGGCGGCAGCGGUCGCGACGAUGGCCGGCGCCGGAGGGCCGGUGCUGAACGGGGCGAACGCGGGCGCCGCGGGGCUGAAGGAGGCAGCCGGCAUGUACGAGCAGCUGCGGGCCGAGUGGAACCGCAAGAACCUCAACCUGGGCAAGUGCGGAGACCUCUUGGGGCGCCUCAAGUUAGCCCUGCUGGAGCUCAACUUUCUGCCCACCUCAGGCACAAAACUGACAAAGCAGCAGCUCAUCUUGGCAAGAGAUAUCCUAGAAAUCGGAGCCCAGUGGAGCAUCCUGAAGAAAGACAUCCCCUCUUUUGAGAGGUACAUGGCUCAGCUCAAGUGCUACUACUUCGAUUACAAGGAUGAGCUGCCGGAGUCAGCCUAUAAGCACCAGCUGCUGGGCUUGAACCUUCUCUUCCUACUCUCCCAGAACCGGGUUGCCGAGUUCCACACGGAACUGGAAAGGCUGCCAGCAAAGGACAUCCAGACCAACGUCUACAUCAAGCAUCCGGUUUCUCUGGAGCAGUACCUAAUGGAAGGCAGUUACAACAAAGUCUUCCUGGCAAAAGGCAACAUCCCUGCAGAAAGCUACGCUUUCUUCAUCGACAUCUUAUUGGAUACGGUCAGGGAUGAAAUAGCCAGCUGCAUUGAGAAGGCCUAUGAGAAGAUCCUGUUCAACGAGGCCACUCGAAUGCUCUUCUUCAACCCCAAGAAGAUGACAGACUAUGCCAAGAAGCGCGGCUGGGUCCUGGGCUCCCACAACCACUACUGCUUCAUGGGCCAACAGCAGAAACCUGAAGAUGCCACCAUCCCCUCAACGGAGCUCGCCAAACAAGUGAUUGAAUACGCUCGGCAGCUGGAGAUGAUUGUCUAGCACGU